CACACACAGGCGAGUGGGAGGAAGCCAACUUGGAAACACCGCGGAGCCAAACUCUCUCUUGUAGAAGACUGAACUGUGGUCCGGCGGUCGGCGGCUGUGGAGGGAGGCAGACAGCGGGUACACACCGGGUUGUAAUGAACCAAGUGGCUUAUACAGCCACACAUCCACCCUCCGUCCCGUAACCAACCUGGAAGUUUAACUUGAAACUUUCCGCGGGGCUCCUCAUUCUAAACUCGUCUGAAGUCGUUUGUGUGGCUGGCCUGUAAACCGAAGCGUCCGUCCCCACAUGUCUCUGCCUUGUUCCUGCUAGUUUCCUAAACAACAAGGUGAGCUGGCCGUCUGGCUUCCCCGGAGACCUGCGCAGGUAACGGGGUUAGUUUACCUGUACGCACACGGUGACGCACGACUCUCUUUGACGUUUCCUUUUCGCCCUACGGCUCUCCCGUAGUCGCCAGAGAACAGCGCCGGGGAGCCGCGGAGCACCAGGACGGCCAUGGAUCUACCAGGACGGAGCGAGAACCGGCGGAGGGAAGGCAGCAGAAACCCCGCGGUGAUUAACCGGAGGAAACCACCGGCGGAGAAGCUGUACGUCGUCGGUAUUAUCUUCCUACAAGUUCUGUCUAUCCAGGCUGCUGGCAUCCAAUUCACCAAGGAGCCCAUGUCCCAGGAUGCCACGCACGGCCGCAGCGCCAUGCUACGGUGCGAGGUCAGCGAUCCGGCUGGCAUCAGUUACGGCUGGCUUCACAACGGCCAGCCCCUGGAAAACAGCGAGAGGCGCUUCCUGGAGGGCAGCAACCUCAAGUUCACCGCUGUGGAUCGGCAGCUGGACGCAGGAACCUUUGAGUGCGUCGCAAAAAACACACUCAAAGGAGAGAUUCUCCACUCCACCAAUGCCUCCUUCAAUAUUAAGUGGUUAGAAAGUGGUGGUGUGACUUUAAAGGAGCCCGCCUCAGAAGGGGAGAUCGAGAGCUCUGCGCUGGUCACGUUGCGCUGUCAUAUUGAUGGACACCCACGGCCGGCUAUCCUGUGGUUCAAGGAUGGGGUGCAGCUGACAGAGAAGAGCCAUCAGAUCAACAACAAGGAGAGGACGCUCACCUUUAACAAUGCCAGUCUGGACGACAAUGGCCUGUACUUCUGCUGUGUCAAAAAUCAAUUUGAACAUGUUUGCAGCAACAGUAACUUCACCCUCAACGUUAUAGAUAAGAGUUUGCCGCGGCCGGUGGUCACUCCCGAGGACCAGGUGGUGUUGAAGAACGAGCAGGCCGCGUUCCACUGCCAGUUCACCGCGGAGCCGGCCCCCACGUUGGAGUGGUACCACGAAAACGAGCUGCUGGCAAACAAGACUCGUCUGUACCUGUUAUCUAACGGCACGCUGCUGAUCCCCCAUGUCAAGUCCAAGAACACUGGGACCUACAAGUGUGUUGGUCGCGGCCUCCGAGGUUCCCAUGUUACACUGGAGGCCUCCCUCCUCAUAGCUGAGAUAGACGACAUGGUGCCCAAGAGGUCGAAGGUUUUCACCUCAGACUCCCUGCAGCGGGUGGCCUGUCGUCCCCCACGCGGCAGACCUGAGCCCGAGGUCUGGUGGGAGAGAGAAGGUCAGCGGGUGCCCACGGAGGGCAGAGUGUACCAGGAUGGCCUGGAUCUGGUCUUCAGUCCCACAGAGGAAGGAGACUCGGGCACCUACACCUGCGUGGCCCAGAACCGGGCUGGACGCAAGACACAGGAGGUCACCUUUAGCGUUGCCACUGCCCCAGUAUGGGUGACGAGGCCUCAGGACAGCAACCUAGAGGAGGGUAAACCAGGUUACCUUCACUGUCACGCUCAGGCCAACCCUGAACCGGAGGUGACCUGGCUCCGCAACAACAACCUGGUCACACCAGAGGACUCUCGUUUUAAGAUAUUUCCUAACGGCACCCUCAGGAUCAACAAUGUGGAGGUGUACGACAGCCAGAUGUACGGCUGUGAAACCAAGACUGUAGGCGGCCGACUGUCUGGGCAAGCCCGAGUUAUUGUGCUUGAGAAGCUGAAGUUCACCCCGACCCCCCAGCCUUCUCAGUGCCUGGAGCUGGAUAACGAGAUCACCAUCCAGUGCUCAGCUAAAGGCAGAGAGACCCCAACCAUCCGCUGGACCAGAGCAGACGGAGGAGAGCUGCCGCCUCGGGUGGAGCAGAAGAACGGCCAGCUCCACUUCAACAAAGUAACCCGCAGCGACGCAAACAACUACACCUGCAUCGCCUCCAACAGCCUCCAGGGGGAGAUCAGAGCCCUGGUAGCCCUGAUAGUGGCCGUGUACGUUCGCUUUAAGGUGGAACCAGAGGAUACAACGGUGUACCAAGGUCACACAGCCAUCCUGCACUGUCAGGCCACCGGCGACCCCGAGCCUCACAUUCACUGGAUGGUAAAAGACAAGGCGCUGGACAUCAGUAAGAACAGGAGGUUCCAGAAGAUGCCCAAUGGCUCCUUGGUGAUUACAGAUGUCAUUACAGAUGACACGGGCAGAUACACAUGUGUGGCCGGAAACAGUUGCAGCAUCAAAGACCGUGUGGCUCAGCUGUAUGUAGUGGAGAAACCGAUCCAUUACUUGGAUGAGGAUGGAGACAAGGCUCCCUACAAGAUGAUCCAAACCAUCGGUCUGUCAGUGGGAGCAGCCGUGGCGUAUAUCAUCGUAGUGCUGGGACUCAUGUUCUACUGCAAAAAGAGACGGCACAACAAAAGACUGCAGAAAGGCCAGGACGGAGAGGAGCCAGAGAUGGAGUGUCUCAACGGCGGGGCUGUUCAACAAAAUGGCCACACCACCACUGAGAUCCAGGAAGAGGUGGCUCUCACCAACAUGGGGACCACGGCAACAACCGAGAAACGCCACAGCCACGUCAACAACGAUAAGCUCCACUUUCCUCGAGCGAACCUGCAAACCAUCACUACUUUAGGCAAAGGGGAGUUUGGUGAGGUGCUGCUCUGCAAAGCUAAGGGUAUCGAGGAGAGCGAGGAGGAGAUGGUGGUGUUGGUGAAGAGCCUUCAGACCAGAGAUGAACAGCUCCAGCUCGACUUCCGUCGUGAAGCGGAAAUGUUCGCCAAGCUCAGCCACCCCAACGUUGUCCGCCUGUUGGGCCUGUGUAGGGAGGCAGAGCCCCACUACAUGAUCCUAGAGUACUAUGACCUGGGAGACCUGAAGCAGUUCCUGAGAAUUUCCAAAAGCAAAGAUGACAAGGUCAAAUCUCAUCCUAUCAGCACCAAGACCAAAGUUUCCAUCUGUGCCCAGGUGGCUCAUGGGAUGGAGCACCUGUCCAAUCACCGCUUUGUUCACAAAGACCUGGCCGCCCGAAACUGCCUGAUCAACAGUCAGAGGCGUGUUAAAGUGUCGUCGCUCAGCCUCAGCAAGGACGUCUACAACAGUGAGUACUACCACUACAGACAGGCCUGGAUCCCGCUGCGCUGGCUCCCAGCAGAGUCUGUGUUUGAAGACGACCAGUCCACCAAGUCUGACGUGUGGGCCUUUGGAGUGUUGAUGUGGGAAGUGUUCAGUCACGGGGAAAUGCCAUAUACCAAACUCAGUGAUGAUGAGGUGCUGGAAGGUCUGCAGACAGGGAAGCUGAAGCUGCCCGUUCCAGACGGAUGCCCCACCAAAAUCUACAAGCUCAUGGUCCGCUGCUGGGCACUAAGCCUCAAAGAGCGCCCCUCCUUCACUGAUAUCGUCCACACCCUGGGAGAGCUGCCCUCUGACAGUAAAGUCUGAGACGACCAUAACAUCAGAGGGGAACUUUGACCAACCGCCUCCCCCCAAAAUAAAGACAGGAAUGCUGGAUUAUUAGUCUCACACAUUUCAGGGAAGAGGGUUGAGGAGACAACACUUUUUAUAUGCAUUUCAAACAUUGGGUGUGUGGAUAAGACUCCUUUUGCUAUAUCAGUGGAAAUGCAAUCAACGUUUGUAUAAAUUGCUUCUUGUGAGCAGUCCCCGGAGUUUACGUUUGCCUUAACCGCAGCAUGGAUGACCCUCCCCUCGAGUCCCUGUCUGUGGUUCCACUGUGACUCUGCCUGCUCUGACCCAGAGACACUUUGUUUUCACGGAGUCUCACAACCUCAGUGCCUCUACCCCUCCACAAACACACUCGCCCUAACCUCCGACUGCUUUGUAGUAUGUUACAGUGCUCUCACUGGCUCAGAUCAAUAGGAAGGAUUGGUCAGAAGCUUAGGAAAACCCCCUGAAAUUUAGGUCCGCUGCUCAAUCAAGUCUAAAAGAACAUUGAAGGGAAAGUGGGAUGUGAGGAUUGAAGCUUCAACCACUUUGGAGUGUGUUGAGUGACACCGUUUCAACUGGCCUGCUUGGAUUUAAAAUCCAAUCAGCUACAUCAUGGGUCCGCCACCUGAAUCCUGUUGGAGACGCCUAGCUACACACCAACAUCCUCCAAAGUGUGUGUGUGUGUGUGUGUGUGUGUGUGUGUGUGUGUGUGUGUGUGUGUGUGUGUGUGUGUGUGUGUGUGUGUGUGUGUGUGUGUGUGUGUGUGUGUGUGUGUGUGUGUGUGUGUGUGUGUGCGCCACUGAACUGUUCCCAGGCUACAGUGUACAUUCAAAGAAGAAGUGGAAUAGAAUUUGCAUGAAGGUUCAUCGUUCGUUAUGCUUGUGAUUUGUGUUUUGAGAAAAGUUGUGGACUAAGCGAUCGGUGUUAUGGUAAAACUUCAGGAACAUGAAAAAAAAAAAACAUCCUAGCCGAUGAAAUAUAUUGAAUAGAUGAGAUUGCGCCAGUGUGGGCUUUGUACGUUUUUAUGAGUGUGCUCUGUUCUUGUAUUAACCUUGAGGUGCUUUUUAUCGGUCACGACCAAUGGGUAAAGAACCCCCGUUAUUACCACGUCAACAUUAUCAUGUUGCAGGCAUGCUGCAGCUUAUCACUGUGUUUAACCUCCAACAUCAUUUCUUCAGAGGUCCAAUCACAGUCUCCCCUUCCAGGUCCAAUUGUUCUGUGUAAUGCUGCAAAGUGGACCAUCACAGCAGGCAAUGUGUAAAUAAUGUAGAAGCCAUGCACUAACUUCACUUAAAAAGAAUAUCCCUCUUUAUCUCUAUCAUGUUGUGUAGUAGGACAUGCAGGUGCCUGUUUAUUUAUGAUGAAGGUCCUGUAUUUUUUUUAAACUAUGUUAAUAACAGUAAGGUACUUCUCUGAUGCUAUGUGUUCAUUCUCACGGUGUGAGAAUGUCAACAUCUCAAUGUGCGUUCAGUCUGGUAACCCGCUGAGUAUGCUAACAAAGAACAAAGGAGGUCAGAAGAGUGGCCGCUGGUCACCAUUUAAGUGCCUGGUAAAUGAAGGAUUAUCUUAACUGUUUUACCCUCUCUCUUUUUUUUUCUUUUUUUUUACAUUAUCUAAUCAAAUGCAAUGGCCUUUGUUUAUGAACUUGUUUUUAUACGUUGUUUUUAGUGUAAUGAUGUUUUUAUGAAUGCUAGGCACUCACACCUAGACCUCCUUUUUUAAUCUGCUUCAGCAAGUGUUCACAGUAAUCACAGAUAUAUACAAAAGUAAACAUGCUGCUGUCAAUAAAAGGUUCACAGUGUUUUUA